AUGGCGAGUUUAUCCUUUCAGUCUCAAGCCUUCACAACGAAUCUGACCUCUAUAGUCUUUACUUCCGUGCUGGCCCAGGACCUAACGACUCACGGCACUUACACCGAGCCUAAUACUGGUUUUAUAUUUUACACCAGUGUUCAGACUAAUGGCAAGAUUGGAAGCGGCGACGGAUGGGGAUCACUGAUUUCCGAUGGAGGCUUUACCUUCGGCAUGGCACUUCCUGCAGAUGCUGCCACGGUUGAUGCCAGCGAAUACAUCGGUCUUAUCAUUGGCUCCACGCCGAAUGGCCCGGUAUCAGGAUGGUCUUCUGUUCUUCACGGUAGCACUGGUGCAGGAGGUGGAUCUAUGCCCAACCAUCUUAUGGUCGUAGCCUGGCCUACAGGCAACGGCAACCAGAUCGCCACGUCUUUCCGAUACUCACCCUCGUACCUAUUGCCUGUAGCCUAUAAAGGAUCUGCCAAACUAACCCAGAUCUUUUCAUCUGUCAAUGCCACCAACUGGACGCUGGUCUACCGCUGCCAAAAUUGCUUCUAUUACGAUGACCCGACUCAAACACCAUCUAAUACAUCAACAAGCAAAGGCGCUUUCUCGCAAGGGUGGGCUCAGGGCCUGACGGCGCCUGUCGACCCCAUCAACCCAUCCUCCGACUUCUCGCAACACGACAAUGGAAUGGGAAUGUACAUAAUCGAUCCUAAACUUGCAGUUCAAGCGUCGUAUUCGAAGUGGGCUACACAGACGCCUACAGGAACAGUCUCCACCGCGACAGCCACCGCUACAGCUACUACAACAAGCUUCGCAUCAAUCCCCGUACCUACGGGCGUCACUUAUGAUUAUGUUGUGGUUGGCGGUGGUGCAGCUGGUAUCCCAAUGGCUGACAAGCUUUCCGCUGCCGGAAAGUCAGUACUUCUCAUUGAAAAGGGAGUUGCGUCAUCUGGGCGAUGGGGUGGAACAUACCGUCCUGAAGGACCAACUAAAAAUGGCGGCUGGCUUGACGGCACAAACCUGACUUGGUUCGAUGUCCCGGGACAGUGCAACAGGAUCUGGAACGGUGGAUCUCCUGGUGUGGCAUGCACAGAUACGGACCAAAUGGCAGGAUGUAUUUUAGGCGGUGGUACAGCAGUCAACGCCGGUCUCUGGUGGAAGCCUCACCCGCAGGAUUGGGACGUCAAUUUCCCAGCAGGCUGGAAAUCAGCAGACAUAGCAGCAGCAACGCAGCGGGUCUUCUCUCGUCUCCCUGGUACCGAUCUUCCCAGUAUGGACGGUAAGCGGUACAUUCAAUCUGGCUUUGACGUUCUCCGAAGCGGUCUCGCCGCAGCGGGCUGGGGAUCCGUCAUCGCCAACGACGUCCCAGGGCAAAAGAAUAGAACUUACGCCCAUACACCGUAUAUGUUUGCCAAUGGCGAGCGCAAUGGACCCAUGGGAACCUACCUCGUCAGCGCCGUCACACGCUCCAAUUUCAAGAUGUGGCUGAAUACUAGCGUCGAGCGUAUCACCCGUGAUGGCGGCCAUGCCACAUCUCUCAAUGUGUUAGCCACCAAUAAUGGCGGGCACGUCGGUACCGUCAACCUCACCCCCGUAACUGGUCGAGUCAUCUUAGCGGCUGGUACAUUCGGGACUUCCAAACUGCUAUUCCGCAGUGGUAUUGGUCCCACAGACCAGCUGCAAGUCGUGGCAAGCAGUAUUGAUGGCCCGACGAUGAUCAACUCGACCUCAUGGCUCAACUUGCCUGUUGGCUACAACCUUGAUGAUCAUUUCAACACGGAUACGGUCAUCUCGCAUCCAAAUGUGAGUUAUUAUGAUUGGCCUGCUUCGUGGAAUACACCUCUCGAAGCCGACAAAGUCUCCUACCUCACUAAGCGCUCUGGGCCCCUCGCGCAAUCAGCACCUAACAUCGGACCUGUGAUGUGGGAAGAAAUUGUCGGUCCGGAUGGCGUCAACCGCCAAUUUCAAUGGACAUCACGUGUGGAAGGGUCCAACGGUGUUCCAAACGGAAAUUCCAUGACACUUUCUCUAUACCUUGGAAGAGGAAAAAUCGCUCGGGGCCGAACGACAAUUGGAAAGAAUCUAAACAUGGUGGUCUCAGGGAUUCCAUAUGAUAACGCCAACGAUAUAGCAACUGUAGCUAAGGCGAUCGAUAACAUGGUCAAGAACUUAAGUACGGUCAAGGGUUUGACGUGGAUCUACCCACCAGCCAGCCAGUCCGGAGCAGAAUACCUCAAAACCCCCCCCAAGAUCCCCCUCACACUGGGCAACAUCGGCGCCCGCCGCGCCAACCACUGGAUGGGUACAGCAAAACUUGGCCUCGACUCGGGCCUCCUGGGAGGCACCUCCGUCGUCGACACCAACACCAAAAUCUACGGCACGGACAAUAUCUUCGUCGUUGACGCCUCCAUAUUCCCCGGCAUGGUGACCACCAACCCUUCUGCUCUCAUCGUGACAGCAGCCGAGCACGCGAGCGAGAAGAUCCUCGCGCUGGCGCCGCCGUCUGUGCAAGCGAAGUAUGCCCAGUGCGGGGGCGCGAACUGGACGGGUAGUAGUACGUGUGCCACGGGUUCGAAGUGUACGUGGGCGAACGCAUUUUAUUCGCAGUGUCAAUGA